GGUAAACUUGAUACAUUUUUGAACGAGAGUGAAAAUAUAUACAUUUUGGAUGUAAACUAAACAUGAAUGCUGGCGAAAUUCGACAGAAGAAGAAGAAGCAAGCUGUUAGACGGUUAUCGCAGGGAUCAGGAGGUCCUGGUAAACGUAGAGGAGAUAUGAGACGAUUGUUAGAAGCCAGGAAACGUGAUGCAGCGCAAUCUGGCUCAGAGUCUGGUAUUAGUGAGAGACGUUUACCCAGGGGCAUAAGACAAGGACAUGUUGAGCACCCUACCCGCCCAUAUGGUAGGGGUAUAAGAAGAGGCCUUGGACCCAACCGAGCAUCUUUGAAGCGUCAUGUAAGUCCUCUUACAAACUCCGCUGUACCGCCGCAGGUCACAGCUGCUACCAGUAUUCCACAACAGACCACAAAUGUAUUCUCCAGUUCGUCUGCAACUACCUUAAAACUACCCCAACAAGAAAAUCAAAAUGUUUUCGGUAGUAAGAACAGUGUGAAUCAGGGAAAUGUCUUUGGGAAAGUUGAUAGCAGAAGGAGUCCUUCAAAAAGCAAGGUAAAUCACCCAAGUCCAUUAUCUGGUGUAACCACUAGCCCAAGUAAAGCUGGAGGAAGUAUAAUGUCUGGAUUAUCAAACCAGGCAAACAUUGAAAGUGGUAGUACAGCAUCAUUGACAGACAAAUCAUCUGCCAACCUGUUUCAAUCAGCCAUUUCCUCGUCUGGUCAGCCAUUAGAUUCACAGAGAAAUAGUCAGUCCCAAAGUAUCACAAAUGUAGGGUCAAUCUUUGGAGCUAGAACUGGCAUGCCAACCACAGCUUCACCAAAUGUUAACCUUUUUGAGCAAAAAGAGAAACCCAACAGUGAGACUACAAAUAAUUUAACUCUACAUUCUACUGGAAAUACAACUCCAUUUUCUGGGAUGGCGAAUGUGGAGAGCAAAGCUCCGAAUGUGGAGAACAAAGCCCCGAAUGUGGAGAACAAAGCUCCGAAUAUGGAGAGCAAUUUAGGAAUAUUUGGAAACCCGUUGAAAUCUAAUACAAACUUUAUCACAUCAACAAACUCUAAUCCUAUUGGAUCAACUACUCCAAGUAUUUUUGGAUCAGUAAAUUCAAAUCCUAAUCCAGUUUUUGGUAGUGUUGGAUUUGCACAAACCAUGAGCCAGCAAGCUAGCACUCCAAAUGUGUUCGGAGCAGCUGGAUUCUCUGAUUCAAAUACUCAAUUCACAACUGCAUUGACAGCAAAUCAGGUUACAAAUCCCUCAAUAUCCAGCUCGACCGGUAGCGUGUUUGGAGCCGCUGGAUUGCCAUCGACCAUGAAAAAACCUCAAAAUGUAAGCACUGAUUCAAAUAAAGUAAGUGUAUUUGGAAAUAUGGGAACAACAGAUGCUGGCCAGGCGCUCAAACCAGGGCCAUUUACAAGCAAAUCUACGAAUGUGGCAAAUCAAGCCUCGCACUCACCCAAGAAAGGUGGUGGCUUUGGAAAUGCUGGUUUGCCAAUCACCUCCUCCGCCCACAUCCCCAAACCAGGUCCUUUUACAAGCAAAUCUGCGAUUCAAACGUCUCAAUUCCCUAACUUAACCGGCAAUGCCGUUAAUACAAGCAUACCAGAAACUUCUGGCCAAUCAUCUGGGGUUUUUACAAAAAAACAACCAAUCAAAACAGGUCCUUUUACAAGCAAAACCGCGAUUCAAACCUCUCAAUCAACUAACUUUCCCACCGGUUUGCAAAGUGCUGGCUUGUCUUCAACGCUUUCCGACCAAUCUCAACAACGUAGCGUUUUCACAAAAGAGCAAUUAGCCACAAAACCUGGUCCUUUUACAAGCAAAUCUACCAAUCAAACUCCUCAAUCGCCCAAACUUUCCGGCGGUUCUGAGAACGCUGGCUUGUCUUCAACCUUUUCCGGCCAAUCUCAACAGCAUGGAGUUUUCACAAAAACCGCAGCCACAAAACCUGGUCCAUUCACAAGCAAAUCUACGAAUCAAAGUUUGUCACAAAACCCUCAAGGUAGCAUAUUUGGAAAUACCGCCCAUUCCUCAGCGUCGGCAGCUGCCGGCAAUGUGUUUAGCAGAGCGAUGUCCGAUAUGAAGAAGGCGGGAACGAAUUCGAUGUUUUCUCAGACGCAGCGUUCAGAAACACAGAGUUUUUCGUCUGGGAUUUUCACCAAGAGUGGCGCUGCUGUGCAAGCUCGCAGUUCGGGAAGCGUAUUCGGAAGUCAGGCUGCGGAAUCUCAGGGCGAAAGUAUUUUAACCAACCAAAAGGGCAAAGCUGUUAAUCCGAAGACCGUGAAACGCACAUUGUCGAAUACUGAUGUUUCUGAAUUAACGUCUAUCGUCGUCAAUGGUUUAACCGGAGAAUACUUUGAUAAGAAACUCCUGGAGGAACGAUUUGCAAGAUUUGGUACAAACAAAGUGUCGCUACAACCUUCGAAGCAAACUGCUAUCGUUAACUUUGCAGAUCAUGAUUCCGCUAAAAAAGCAAAAUCUGGAGCGAUUGAAAUGUUUCCAAUGACGUUAAACGUCAAUGUCUUUUAUUGUAAGAAGAAGAAAGGAACUGGGAGAACAUCGAAGACUCCAGAAAAAGCAACAACUGGCAAGAGGGAAUAUCAGUCACGAAAGAUGUCUUUAUCAAAUGCAUUGAAUAGCAUCGACACGAGUGAAUUCCCGUCAGCUGCGAGCGCACAGGAUAGGUUCACAAUCCUGGAUGAUGUUGACAAACGUAUACGCGAAGCCGUGACGCCGUACAAAGACAUAGCAAACGCUCCAGUGAUUAUCGGCGUUUGCAGUGACAUGUGCCCCGAGAAGGAACGUUAUAUGAGAGAGUACCAGGCGAAUCUGAGCAUUUUUGAGAUGGUUCCUGGAACUCAAGACAACAGGGAUGGUGAUGCCCCUAAGGUCGAACAUGCUAAAGCCGUGAAAGAAUAUAGCAGAUCUGCCGCUGAUAAGCUUGAACCUCUGGCACACGAACUGCGUCCAGUCCACGUUCUGCAAAUGACCUUGGAUUACCUUAUGUCCUCCGUAAUGAACAACAGCGAGGAGAGAUGGGAGGAUUGGUUUAAUUUUCUUUGGAACAGAACUCGGGCUAUACGAAAGGAUAUCACCCAACAACAUCUCUGUGAUGUACAAAGCGCUGAUCUGGUGGAAAAAAUAACAAGGUUUCAUAUCUUCUGUGCCCACUAUUUGUGCGAAGAAGACAUGCAUUCGUUUGACCCGAAAAUCAACAAUGAAAAUUUGACAAAAUGUAUGCAAACGUUGAAACAGUUUUACGUCGAUCUUUACACUGACCAGAAGGUCAAAUGCCCGAAUGAAGCGGAAUUUCAGGCUUAUGACAUUCUUUUGAAUCUCAAUGAAGGCGAUACUUUACGGAAAGCGAUGCAGUAUCGUGUUGAGAUUCGCAAAUCGCCAGAAGUAAAGUUUGCCUUGGAAGUUUUCAAUUCAUUGGACACCAAUAAUUUUGUGAGGUUUUUCAAACUGCUCAAGUCAGCUUCGUAUUUGAAUGCUUGUAUCAUGCAUCGAUAUUUCACGCAAGUUCGAAGCAAUGCACUCAAAGUGUUGACCAAGACACACUCACCCAAGGAACUGUUCCCAGUACCAGUGCUUCAGGAUUUGCUGGCGUUUGGAAACAAAGUAGAGACGACUCUGUUUUGCUCACAUUACAACUUCACCACAAAUGAUGAUUCCGUUCAAUUCUCGAAAUCCGCUUUCAUUGAUCCGGAAACGGCUCUGCCACUUCGUCGGGACACAAUCACUAUAGAAAGCAAGAGAGACUGCUCCAUUGGCGAGGUUGUGAAUGGAGCACCUCUGAUGAGUCGGGCAAUCCAUCGACCCGUGUCCAGUUUUGACUCAAAUGGCCGAUACAUUGGUUUGGAAAAUCUCGCUCAAAUGUUGCGAAGCAUGCCUGAUACACCCGACCUUGAGUCACCGUCGUACGAUAUUUACGAGUCCUCGUUCAGCGCGCCAUCUGACCAGCAGCAGACUGUAACGACACAAGCUGUUGAUCGGCGGGUGAUUUUUAAUGAGGCCACUGAGAAAGCCUCUCAGGAUCUGUUAGAACGAACUGUAAAUGAGCUAGUUAAAGAAAUCAGUGGGGAUGCGAUUCGCCAGAUUGAGCUGCAGCGUCAGUUAACCAAGACUUUUGCUGACGAGUUUAUCGACAAAUCAGUCAGGAAUUUGGUGAAGGAAAUCGCAAAAGAAUGUUUUGAAAGAGAAGUGGAAGCAAGAAGGCAAAGAAUUGCCAUGGCUGAAUCACGUGCUCGUAUGUCUGUUGUUGUUCUGAAUGAAAUUAUUGAUGAGUUCAUGGAAAAUGAGUUGAGAUCUAUGGCCAGAAAUGCUAAAAUGGUUAUUGAUCAGCAGAUGACGGCGCAAAGCGUUACUAAGAUGUCAGCGGUCAUUAUGCGAGAGAUGUUGGAACACGUCAUGUAUGAACAGUGUCGGGAUAUUGCGCUCGCCACACGCAAGGAGUUGGUUGGGCAAAAGAAAGCGAUGUUGUGGAAAAAGGCUGAAAUAUUGAAAAGACGUCGGUUGAAGAGAUACUUUCAAACAUGGUCAAAGGAAUACGAAACCCGGAAGCAUAUCAGAAACAUUCUUCAAGAAUUGCCUGCUACACCUCCCAUGUUAACCACGAAACAACAGUUAGAAAAACUUCUCAGUAAUAAAACUUCGACUGAAAGCAUACAAAAAAGUCCAACCACCUCUUAUGCCAGAAUCCUUAAGGAACGACAAGAUCUUCAGAAGUUAUUAACCGAUAGGGUGAAUCAGUUGGAAAUGAAAAGACUGAGAGCAAUGCAGCCAAUCAACCUGUCGAAGCUUCACGCAGAACUUGCUGACAGCGAACUCAUCUCAACUAAGAAAUCCAAUUCAAACUGUGUGAAGCUGGUCGUCUCGUUUUCAAAUCGUGUCGGACAAUUUUCAUCCGCAGACAUCGAGAGUUUGAUCAAAUUUAAACUUCGUGCAGAGAAUAAGGAGAAUGCCUGUUUUGUGCCGGAACUGCUCCAGGAAAAGGUUGAACAGCUCUCAGGUGUGAAGAUACCUUUGAAAGAGUACGAAUUCAGACAUGAUAUCAAGGCUUGUUACGGCGUUCUGUCCAGCGAGGAGUCGCGAAAUGCUGAAAGAUAUCAUUUACUCCGCGGUCUGACUGGGGUAUUCUUUGUACUUGAUUCAGACGAGAAGACCAGGGACGAAUCGUUUUGGAGCAAUUCUCGAUCAAGAUUGCGGCAAAUCUUGAGAAGCAAACCUCGCGUACCUAAAAUUCCUUUAGUAAUUAUGAACAUCGACAGUGGAAACAUUGACUCACCAGGUUCCGUCGAAGAGAUUCUUGAUGUAGCCGAGUUACUUAGAGAAGAUCUUAUUUCUGAAUGCGUCGUUUACGAACUGCGACGGCCAGCUGAUACUGACGAACUUCAUGAACAGAUUGUUCACGCGUUGCUCUGGUUAAUGGCACACAACCCAGAAAUGCCCUCAAUCGGACAGGAUUCUUUGAAAGGUUUCGUUGAAAAAGAGGUAUUAAAGCAUUUUACAAUCCCGUUACAAGAAGAAGCGAUGCUUAGAAAGAAAGCCUUGUUGCAACCUCAGUGCCCAGAGGUAAUCGUCGAUCUGUACAACGCCGUGAUCGAUCACGUCAUUUCCAUGGUAACAAACGUUCAACUCCGGAAUAUUUCGUGGCCCGCCCCAGAGUUCAUUGCUACAGAACAAUCGUCAGAUAUUCCUCACGUUUCCUGGAAUUCAACAGAAACUCUGGAGCGCUUGCAUUCAGUUCUCAGAAAACUCAAACUACCAAUGCCAUAUUCUCCCGCUUCGGAUGGAACCUGGCAAUCUGAAAGCAUAUUGUGCCUUGAUUACAUCAAUGUUUUACUGGAGAAAGAACCUUUGAAAACAUUUGGUUUCGCGUUAAUCAACCGGAUUGAAAGAAUUUUAAGUCCGUAUGCGAGCGAUCGUUCUUACGCGUCGCUGACCGCGGCAGAUGUACCCUGGCCAGACGUCGUCGAAACAUGCAUUAAUACCCUUCUCUCCUGGGUUCAUACCAUCUCUGAUGUAAAGAACGUGUAUUACUUCUCGCAAGAUCUUGACGGGUUUAAACCGCCAACAUUGUGGACACAGGCUGUGACAGAAACCGUCAAACUGAUAGAUAAUAAUUCACCUAAAAUCCGAAGGUCGAAAACAUCAAAAUUGGACGAUCUGACCGUUCAGGUUGAGCGAGAACUGACGAAAUUAGAAACUUCGCACUCGAGAUUAGAUGUAUCGGAAUCAGAGCUGUUUGUUGACGACAGCGUGGAAGAAACAGCUCGACGUUUUCACCGAAAUCUUGGCAAGGAGAAACGAAAUUGGAAAAGGUUUGAAGAAGGCUUACGAUCAAUAGUUGACGAAGAAGAUGUUCAACAUUUAAACUUAAGCGUUCGUGGUCAAGGUCUCAAACGAAAAAACCCUUCUUGGAGCUCUGGCUAUAGAAUUAGAAAGUCGAAUGCAAAGAAAGACAGUGCGGCUGAAUUGGACGAUACUUUACCAGACUUCAACUCAACAUUCAGCUAUUUUGAGACUAGUCUUGGAUCGUUACGCGAUGGUCUUGAAAUGCACAGACAUCUUCAAAAAUUGACAGAAAAAAAGCUCAAAGAAGCCUUAGACGACGACUUUGAUUGAAAUUCUUCUCGUUUAUCCCUAAUUAUCCGCAUGGAUCUGAUUUGCUCCUUGUUAUCCUGUCUACGUCGGUUAUGAUGUAAUCAUGUUUGGUCGUAUUUGGGGCCUGAAUCAAAACUGUCGGUCAAGACUAUGAUCGAUAAGUCAAUCAAUUUCAUGGUUAUUUUCUUUACCCAACACGCAAUUAUAUCUAUUGCUAUAUGUUAAACUGACACAAAUAAAAAACUGUCGAAUGCCGCAAUAUUUUCGUAUUUUCGGAUCAUGCACGUUUAACUAAAGCCGGAAAACAGCUAUUACACGUUUCCCAUGUAAAGAUUUAACCAUUUCACGAAAACUAUGAAAUAUGUUUUUAAUUGAAUAUAUUCUUAUAGUUAUCUCAACCUAUUAGUCUGUUUAGUUUUCGAAAGUAAUUUCACCAGGGAAAGAUGGAUAU